ACAUUUUUAUUAUCAAGAAGAAGAAGAUUCCGGUUUAGUUGUAAACAAUCGUCCAUGGAGCGUUCUCCUCUAAACUCUGUUCACCUGCAUGUUCAGCGCAGGACUCCGACACCGCUCGUUCUUCUGCUGCGAUGAGGAGCCGCCGAUGCUGCUAAACCCACCACGACUUUACUAAUCACGCACGUUGUUCGUGAGAUUUAAGGUCAGCUGAUGUCUGGUAGUGUGUCCUGCCAAACUUGGAUGACGGUUUCAGUUGAAGGGUGGCUUCUCGAUGGCAGCAGGGAUGAGAGCCUCCGCAGCAGCCUGUAGGAUGAACUUCGGAACUCUUUUAAAUGGAUUGUUGGUCUCAGUUGUUGCAGCACUGCUUUGGAAGUGUUCCAAGCUAAGUGAGCAGGCCUUCUUGCUAGAAGAGGAGCUGCAUAUGGUUCAGCGGUCCCAGGAGCUCUCACAAGCCCGCAUUGACUACCAUGUGGCCUUGCAGGCCCUUCAGGAACAGGGCACUCGCAUGGUCUGCACAGGCAAAAUGCACACUGACCGCAUCUGCCGCUUUGAUUACCUCUGCUACAGCUCUGAGGCUGAAGAGUUUGUAUUCUUUCAGUCCAACUUUUCGACCAUGUUACCAAAUCUUGGAUCUAGGCGUUUUCAACCAGCCCUGUUGGACCUGUCUUCAGUCGAGGAUCACAACACCCAAUACUUUAAUUUUUUAGAGCUCCCAGUGGCAGCUCUGAAGUUCAUGCCCAAGCCUGUGUUUGUUCCAGAUGCCACACUUAUCCUGAACAGGUUUAAUCCUGAUAACCUAAUGCACAUAUUCCACGAUGACCUUCUGCCAGCCUUCUAUACCAUGAAGCAGUAUUCAGAUCUGGAUGGAGAGGCGCGCCUUGUUUUCAUGGAAGGCUGGGGGGAAGGCCCUUAUUUUGAUCUCUAUAGACUUCUUAGUAGUAAACAACCCCUGCUUAAAGAACAUUUAAAGAACUUUGGAAAACUAAUGUGUUUCACUAAAUCUUAUGUUGGUUUAUCCAAAAUGACUACUUGGUACCAGUAUGGCUUUGUUCAGCCACAAGGACCCAAAGCCAAUGUUCUGGUUUCUGGAAAUGAGAUCAGACAGUUUGCCUCUUCCCUGAUGAAGAAAAUGAACAUAACAAUCGUGAGAACGGGGGAAAAUGAUAGAGGAACAGUUGAAAAUGAGAACAAGGGAGAAGCAAAUGAUCAAUAUGUUGUCAUCUUCAGCCGUUCAACAACUCGAUUAAUACUGAAUGAAGCUGAAGUUGUUAUGGCCAUAGUUCAGGAGUUACAGAUGAGGGUGGUCACAGUAUCCCUAGAAGAACAAUCUUUUCCCAGCAUCAUCCAGGUGAUUAGAGGUGCUUCCAUACUUGUGAGUAUGCAUGGAGCUCAGCUCAUUACCUCAUUGUUCCUUCCCAGAGGUGCUGUUGUUGUUGAAUUGUUCCCAUUUGCUGUGAACCCUGAGCAUUACACCCCAUAUAAAACUCUUGCCUCCCUUCCUGGCAUGGACCUUCACUAUAUCUCCUGGAGGAAUACUAAGGAAGAAAACACAGUCACCUAUCCAGACAGACCUUGGGAACAAGGAGGAAUAAUUCACCUGGAAAAAGAGGAUCAGAAGAAAAUUUUGAAAAGCAAGGAAGUCCCCCGACAUUUGUGCUGUCGCAACCCAGAGUGGCUCUUUCGCAUUUACCAAGACACUUUGGUGGACAUACCUUCUUUCAUCGAGCUGCUCAAAGAGGCUAUGAAGACCAAGCUCAACCUGAGAAAAGUUAAAGCAACCAGUACUGUCCACCCGGGUCGCGUCAGAGAAGCCCAGUGUCAAACUUCAGUACAAACUACCAAGGAAGCGAAGCUCUCAGUCUCCUGGCAGAUCCCAUGGAAUCUAAAAUACCUGAAGGUUAGGGAAGUGAAGUAUGAAGUAUGGAUCCAGGAACAAGGAGAGAACACUUACAUGCCUUACAUUCUCCCUCAGCAGAACUAUACUUUUUCUGAGAACAUUAAACCCUUCACUACCUACCUGGUGUGGGUCAGGUGCAUUUUUAACAAGAACCUCCUUGGCCCUUUUGCAGAUGUUCUCACUUGCAGGACCUAGCACAUAUCUUUGUUAUCAUUAUUAUGUUGUUCCUUUCUUGUAUUUUACUUUUGGUGCAACAUUUAAAAUGUGCAACUCUUUCCAAGUCAUGUUUAGUAACUGAAAAUGUUUUUUUUUUUCUUUGUUUUUUUUUAGUCUACUACUUUGAUCGAAUUGAACUUAUGUUUAUAUGGUUAACUCACUUCUUAAAUUUUAAUUUCCAUCCUGGCCUGCUAAUGUUGGACCUGCUUCAAAUUUUGUACUGUAAUUAAACAGGCAUUACCUUAAUGUGCAGACAGUUUAAGAACCAACACAAACGGUUUUUAAGAAUGCAACGAGUCAACACGUAAUGUACAUUUUUUCUCUGAUUUUUUUUAUUAAGUAUAUUUCAAGAAUUAAACCUCAUCUAGCACAAAGUGAAAGAUUUUUUAGACUAAAUACACACAAGAAUUAUGUUGAUGAAUAAUCCAUUAUUCUUUGAUUAAAAAAAGAGAUUUGUAAAACCCUUAA